AUGCAGCUGAGAUUUUUAUUUGGAAAAAAAAGUGGUGACGAUCAUGACAAGAUGAAUGGAGAUCAUUUUGAAAAAGGGAUAGAAAGUGUUCUUCCUAAAUUGAAGAAAAACAGUGUAAUCGUAAUGGACAAGGCUUCUUAUCAUUCUGUAAAAAUGGAGAAAAUUCCUACAACUUCUUGGACUAAAAAGUCUACUCAAGAAUGGUUCUCCCAAAAGCAUAUUUCCUGGGAUAAAGACAUGAUAAAAAUCGAACUUUUGCAGAAAGUUUCUGAAGUGAAACAUUUUUAUGAUAUAUACCGAGUAGAAACUAUUGCAGAAAAAUAUGGACAUACAAUUUUGAGAUUGCCACCUUACCACAGCGAGUUAAAUCCUAUUGACAUGAUUUGGAGUUAA